AAAAGAUAUUGGAUAUUGAAUGUUUGAUGUGGUUAUUUCGAGGACUGUACGCACACUGGAGUACACGUAUAGUUUCCACGAUUACUGUACGUAGUUGAUCGAAAUUCUCAGGGUCGGUGAAAAGCCAGUGAUUGAAUUUUUGGCACAGGAUAUCACUGGCUGUAGUAAUCAAUCAUCUAUUCAUCGAUAUCAAUUCGAAUUCAUACGGCUUUCUAACUGUUUCUAGCGGUUAUAUACGCUGCACUAAAAAUGCCUGGAAAUGAUUUAUCUGAAAUGUUCAACAGCAUUCCUCUUGUCACACGUUACUGGUUUUCGGGCACAAUAUUGUUUUCACUCCUCGGAAAACUUAACAUCAUUGACCCCAUGCGAAUGAUUUUAUUGUGGGAUAGAAUAUAUUCCAACUUCGAGGUUUUCAUCAGUUUUUAUCACAAACUUGUUUUUCAGAUAUGGAGACCUGUCACAGGCUUGCUGUUCUAUCCAGUGUCUCCAUCCACUGGAUUUCACUUUUUAAUCAAUCUCUACUUUUUGUACUCGUACUCUUCCCGACUUGAAAAUGGCAUGUUCCUCGGACGUACUGCGGACUAUGUGUUUAUGUUUCUGUUUACGUGGAUUGCACUUGUGAUUGUGAGUUUCCUGGCUUCGUUUUACGUGCUUUUGGAACCAAUGGUACUCACAGUGUUAUAUAUAUGGAGUCAGCUGAAUCGUGAUGUUCUCGUUCAAUUUUGGUUUGGUAUGCAGUUUAAAGCAAUGUAUUUUCCAUGGGUUUUGGUUAUAUUUAACCUUAUUGUGCGCGGAAGUGCAAUUAUGGAACUCGUUGGAAUAAUUGUUGGACAUCUUUAUUACUUCUUCGUUUUUCAAUAUCCGCAAGAAUAUGGCGGUCGAGCAAUACUGAAGACUCCUGAAUUUCUAUACAGGCUGUUUCCGAAUCAAAGAGGUGUUGUAACUGGCUUUGGAGAAGCACCUCGUGCAAGACAGCCAGCUGCUGCUACAGGGGGAGAUUUCCAGGACGUGGACAAGCUCUGGGGAGUAAUGACUAGGAACAUUUUUUCUUCUUUUUGUACACAUUUAAAAAUUUUUGUCCACAAUAACCCAAAAGAGUAAUAAGUUACAAGUAUUUCCGCGUUUUGUAGUUGUGGUAAACUUCCUACCAAACUAUUAUUGUCUAAACGGUGUAUAUUUUUGUAUAUAUUUUGUUACCGUUUUCCUGAUCAAACGUGCAUUUGUUUUUGCGAUUUCAACUUCAAAACCAACUUCCUAGAGGCACCCAGCCCAGAGUGAUCAUACACCUAUCGGUUAACCGUAUUCCCAAACAUCAAGUUGGAUUAAAUAUUACUCAAAAGACCG